UCCUUUUAUUCCUGCCCUAGCACAGCCUCUCAGGCACUUCCUGCCUCCGCACCAGCUCUGCUUCCCUUCUCCAUCCUCUCUUGGCAGACCCAGAGGAGCAAAACGCACCAGCCAACAGCAUGGCUACCAAAUGUGAAAAGUGUGGACCCGGGUACUCUACCCCUCUAGAGGCCAUGAAAGGGCCCAGGGAGGAGAUUUUAUACCUGCCCUGCAUUUACCGAAACACGGGCAUUGAGGCCCCGGAUUACUUGGCAACAGUGGACGUUGACCCCAAGUCUCCUCAGUAUUGCCAGGUCAUCCACCGGCUGCCCAUGCCCCACCUGAAGGAUGAGCUGCAUCACUCAGGAUGGAACACGUGCAGCAGCUGCUUUGGGGACAGCACCAAGUCCCGCACCAAGCUGGUGCUGCCUUGUCUCAUCUCUUCCCGCAUCUAUGUGGUGGAUGUGGGCACCGAGCCCCGCGCUCCGAAGCUGCACAAGGUCAUUGAGCCCAAGGACAUCCAUGCCAAAUGUGACCUGGGUUACGUCCACACGAGCCACUGCCUGCCCAGCGGGGAGGUGAUGAUCAGCACCCUGGGAGACCCUGAGGGCAACGGCAAAGGGGGUUUCGUGCUGCUGGAUGGAGAGACCUUCGACGUGAAGGGGACAUGGGAGCGACCUGGGGGUGCUGCACCUCUGGGCUAUGACUUCUGGUACCAGCCUCGACACAAUGUCAUGAUCAGCACUGCAUGGGCAGCUCCCAAAGUUUUUCAAAACGGCUUCAACCCUGCUGAUGUAGAGGCUGGACUGUAUGGGAGUCACUUAUAUGUAUGGGACUGGCAGCGCCAUGAGAUCGUGCAGACCCUGCAGUUACAGGACGGGCUCAUCCCCCUGGAGAUCCGCUUCCUGCACAACCCAGCUGCUUCCCAGGGCUUCGUCGGCUGUGCCCUCAGCUCCACCAUCCAGCGCUUCUUCAAGAAUAAGGAAGGCACUUGGUUGGCAGAGAAGGUUAUCCAGGUGCCCCCCAAGAAAGUGAAGGGCUGGAUGCUGCCCGAAAUGCCAGGCCUGAUCACUGACAUCCUGCUGUCCCUGGAUGACCGCUUCCUCUACUUCAGCAACUGGCUGCACGGGGACCUGCGGCAGUACGACAUCUCUGACCCACAGAGACCGCGACUCACGGGACAGCUCUUCCUGGGGGGCAGCAUUGUGAAGGGAGGCCCUGUGCAAGUGCUGGAGGACCAGGAGCUAAAAUCCCAGCCAGAGCCCCUGGUGGUCAAGGGGAAAAGGGUAGCUGGAGGCCCUCAGAUGAUCCAGCUUAGCCUAGACGGGAAGCGUCUCUAUGUCACCACGUCGCUGUACAGCGCCUGGGACAAGCAGUUUUACCCUGACCUCAUCAGGGAAGGCUCCGUGAUGCUGCAGCUUGAUGUAGACACAGAAAAGGGAGGGCUGAAGUUGAACCCCAACUUCCUGGUGGACUUUGGGCAGGAGCCCCAGGGCCCAGCCCUGGCCCAUGAGCUCCGUUACCCUGGGGGCGACUGCAGCUCUGACAUCUGGCUCUGAAGUUCACCCCUCAGAGCCCCACGCCACAUUCUGAGCCCUCACCACCCCAGGGACCUGGCUUCCCUCCACUCCCCCUGAGCCACCACCCUACGCAGCUUGCCCACCAAGGCCAAACUGAGGCUGCUGAAAUGAAUUGAGCAGUGUUUUCAUUUAUCAACCGUGGCUACACGUUGCUCACUGUGCUGAUUUUAUACGAGCUCUUCAUAUUAGUUCAUCAAAAAAUAAUUAAACAAACUGGUGAAUCUAUUCCUUAGGGCACCUUGUCUUUGGGGGCACAGGGCCUGGGAUUUCUCUUCUGUUGCCCCUUCUGUCUUGCACAGGAAAUUCCUGAAGAGGGCUCCAGGAUUACCGUCACUUGUUCAUACCAGUGAUUCCAACAUGAUGUUAAUGGUGCCAAAAUCUCACUUUUAUAGUCAGAUUGAACCUGAAGAUUAGUUGUUGUAACAAGGCCACCUGGGGGAAAAGAACGUCAGUGUCUCUAAACUUAUAAAAAGAAAAAUCUGUCCUUUCUUUUAAUAAAGCUACAAU